AUGGCAGAAGGCACGGGCGGAAAGAGGUCGGCGCUGCUGAUCGGAAUCAACGAGUACCACAGCGUCGAGAUGAAGGACCUGAAAGGGUGCGUCGCCGACGUCGCCACCACCGAGGCGUUCCUGCGCGAGGCGGCUGGCAUCACCGACAUCACCAAGCUCACGUCGCCCACAUCGGCGCCGAAAGUCCUUGUGCCGACCCUCGACAACGUGCAUGGUGCCUUCCAAAAGCUCGCGCGCGAGGCCGCCGAGGGCGACUUCAUCUACAUUCACUACUCGGGCCACGGCACGCGCCUCCCCACCGGGUUCGGUACUAUCAAGGGCCGCAACGUGUACGACGAGUGCCUCGUCCUGCCAGUCGCGGGGAGCACGAAGCUGGACUACCUGCGCGACGUCGAGGUGGCGUUCCUGCUCAAGCAGAUCACCGACAAGGGCGCCACCGUCACCUUUGUGCUCGACUGCUGCCACUCGGGCGGCGCAACGCGCGACGGUGACGACAUCGCCAAAGGGGUUCGGGGCACCGACGCCGCCUCGCCAUCGGCCUUCGUUGAGCGGGACCCGAUCGGGCCCGCGGGGGCGCUCGAGGAGUCGUGGAGGCCGCCGGCGCCGGGCGACCCGGGCCGCGGCGGCGUCGUGGUGCGGCACUGGAUGACGGCGUCGGACCGCUUCAGCUUCCUCGCCGCGUGCCGUACCAGCCAGAAGGCGUGGGAGGUGCCGAAAGACGCGGAGGUCAGGCAGGGCUUGCUCACGACCUGCCUGGCCAGCGUCGUAAACGAUAAGCGCCUUCCCGGCGGGCUGCAGAAACUGAGCUGCGACGUGGUUUCCAACCUCGUCGCCGGUCGGCUCAAGAGCCAUCCAGACAGGGACCUGGAGACCGUACAGGACGUCGUGUUCGGCGGGCGGGGCGACAGGGCCUUCUUCAGCGCUGAACCGGCCCCCCGGCCGCCCGUGCUCGUACGGGCCGUCGAGGAGCUGGGCGCGUCCAAGGUCAAGGUGAUGCUGGACGCCGGCGCCGCUCAUGGCGUGGCUGUGGAUGACGAAUAUGCCAUCUACCCAGCCGGCAGCUUGCUCCGCAACCUGACCGACUAUAGCGCACCCCUGGCCACGUGCCAGGUGAAAACUGUUGACGACUUCGAGGCGCGCUCCCUGCUGCAGCGCGGCGGCGCGGCGCCCGAGAAGGUCCAGGUCGGCUGCGUGGCCGUCAGCGUCCGCGACAUUUUAAAGAAGCACGUCCUACAGCCCAGAGGGGUGAAGGUCCUGUCUGCGGCGGCCGGCGAAGGCCCCGGGCCGCUCGACCGAACUGUUCAGGAGGUCCGGGACAGCAUCGGCCGGGACAAUAAGCUGGUCCAGGUUGUAGAUACCGAUGAAGCCUUCUUUACGGUCCGCGUCCGGGUCGACGGCAGCUUUGUCGUAUCCUUCAAGCCCGGCGAUUCUGAGGCAAGCGUCGAGGUUGGGCCUGCGGUAGGGGACCUGCUGGCCCGGCUGGCGCACCUGACCAUUUUCUAUAACCUGUUCAACCUGCCCAUUGAUAACGUGGAGAACACGGCCGGCCUCGAGGUCCGCAGGAUCGGCUUCCUGGAAAAGGGCGUAACUCCCCCGCUCCCGCGGCCCUUCAGCCUCGACAGCCGUCCUAGCGUCCGGGGGUUGCAGCCGCUGCCACAGCCGGGCUCCAUCGACAUGGUCGAGGGGCGGUGCCUGGGGUUCGAAGUGAGCAACACAUCAUUCGGGGCGAUGUACGUUGAACUCCUCGACCUAGAGCCGUCAUGGAAGGCGGGGAGGAUGUACCCUCGAGAGGGCGAAGCGCCCAUCCAGCUAGACCGGAACGAGGGCACCAACUUCUUCAUCGAGGCCGGCAUCUCUGACCAGGUCCCCGGCUGCGUCCAGCCCAACACGUUUGACCGCUUCCUCGUCCUCGCCACCCCGAGGAGCCAGCUGAACUUCCCCCUCGACAUCCUUCCGGAGCUGGGCGGCGGCGGCGGCGGCAAGACCCCGCCCGUCUUUGACGGCGGCGACGACGGGCGGAGCGGCAGGAUCCCGCCGCAACCGGCGUGGUGUGUUCGAUACUUGGAUAUGCGCACCACCGAAUACGAGGAGCCCGCUGAUAGCUAG